AGUGUUAGUUUAUAUUCUCGCGUGUUGACAGUUCAUUAUGUUUUAAUGAAUAAUUUCAAAAUAAAGAAUUGUAUAUAAUUAAAUAGGAAAAAUGUCGCUUGCUGACGAGUUGUUAGCAGAUUUAGAAGAAAAUGAUGAUUCCAAUCGAAUGGUAGAAGAACCAGAACCAGAUUUUAUUCCACCAAAUAUUUCAAAACCUAUUGAAGAAGAAGUAAAAGUUGCUUCAGUGAGAGAAUUAGCAAAGCUUCGCGAUUCUGAAGAGUUGAAGAUGAUCAUGUUUGAAAUAGAAAAAUACAGUAAAGUACCUAAGAAAUCAGCAGAUAUCAUAGGCCCUGUUGAAUCUGAUCCAGAAUAUCAAUUGAUCGUCGAAGCCAACAAUAUGGCAGUUGAAAUAGACAAUGAAAUAGCUACAAUCCAUCGGUUUACAAGAGACAAGUACUCAAAAAGAUUUCCAGAACUUGAGUCAUUAGUAGUAGGACCGUUGGAAUAUGUUAUGACUGUACGAGAACUUGGAAAUGAUCUUGAUAAAGCAAAAAAUAAUGAAACUCUACAACAAUUUCUUACGCAAGCUACUAUAAUGGUUGUUUCUGUUACAGCUUCUACAACGCAAGGACAAUUAUUAAGUGAAGAAGAAAAAGAAGCUAUAUGCGAAGCCUGCGACAUGGCAGUAGAAUUAAAUAAUUGUAAAUCCAAAAUAUUAGAAUAUGUAGAAAGUAGAAUGACUUUUAUAGCACCAAAUCUUUCUGUAAUAGUUGGAGCAUCUACUGCUGCAAAAUUAAUGGGUGUUGCCGGAGGUUUGACAAAGCUGUCCAAAAUGCCAUCUUGUAACGUAUUAGUCUUAGGAUCCCAAAGAACAACGCUUUCUGGUUUUUCGCAAAUGUCGAGUCUACCUCACACAGGAUUUAUAUAUUAUUCUGAAAUUGUCCAAGAAACACCACCUGAUUUACGUAGAAAAGCAGCUAGGCUUGUCGCAGCAAAAGGUACAUUAGCUGCUCGUGUAGAUGCUUUUCACGAAAGUACAGAUGGUCAUGUUGGACAAUUAUUUCGCGAUGAGAUAGAAAAGAAAUUAGAUAAAUUACAAGAACCACCUCCCGUCAAAUUUAUUAAACCUUUACCGAAACCAAUCGACCCAAGUAGAAAGAAACGUGGUGGCAAACGCGUUAGAAAAAUGAAGGAACGUUAUGCAAUUACAGAAUUUAGAAAACACGCAAAUAGGAUGAAUUUUGCAGAUAUAGAGAACGACGCUUAUCAAGAAGACCUUGGAUAUUCAAGAGGUACGAUUGGAAAAGCCGGAACAGGACGCAUUAGAUUGCCACAAAUCGAUGAAAAAACAAAAGUUCGAAUUUCAAAGACUUUGCAAAAAAAUUUACAAAAACAACAGCAAUGGGGCGGAAGUACUACUGUUAAGAAACAAGUUUCAGGAACGGCUUCAAGUGUAGCAUUUACACCAUUGCAGGGUUUGGAAAUUGUUAAUCCACAAGCCGCAGAGAAAAAAGUUAAUGAAGCUAAUGCCAAAUACUUCUCCAAUACGGCUGGUUUCUUAAAAGUAAAGAAACCUUAAACCGUAAAUCUGUAUUAUAUGUACAUAUUUAUAAAUAUAGUUUUUAUUAUAAUAACAUUUAAUUAAAUGCUUAAUAGUAAGUAAAA